AUGAAAGCUAGUAUUAUAAGGUUAUCAGCACUUACAAAACGUAACAAUAGAGUUAAAGUCCAACUGUUGAAAGAUUUCCCGGAAUUUCAAUUAUAUAAGGGACAAGUUGCUAAUGUUAAAGCCUCGUUAAUGAAUAAUUUUUUACACUACAAUAAUGGAGCUAAAUUUAUUUUAAAAGAUUCAGAUAUAGACCAAGCAUUAGUAACUUAUCGUACAAAGCAUGUUACUGCUGAUACAACUAUACCUAAAAAAGUUGUGUUACAAAAGACUAAAAUAAACAACCAAACAGCAUCAUUAAAAACAGAAGAGCCAAAAGAAGUACCAAAGUUGAAAAAGGAGAAAUUGCCACAAAGCUCGAUCAAUAAGGAUGUUACCUUGGACAAUAUCAAAAUUCCAGGUUUGGAUAUUUGA